AUGGCUGCUUCUAGUUCCAUGUUGUCUAAUCUAAAAAAAUUUAAGCUCUAUAAGCCUCGUGAAAACCAAUCAGCGUUCGAUACAUAUAUGCAUAUAGAGAAAUUCCCUAAGGGUAUUAGGAAAUAUAUUAUUCACCAGACUGAAGUUCUUCCGGAUGGUAACUGUGGAUAUAGAAUCAGAACUAUGGCAAUAGGAUUUGAUCAUAAUGAAUGGCGUAGGGUACGCAAGGAUUUGUUGCAGCAACUACAUGAUAUGUCUUAUGUUUUUAAGAAGUGUAUUCGGGAACAUAAAUGGUACAACGAGAUUGAGCGAGCACUAAAUUAUUUUGGUGAUGGAUUUGCACCAUUCUUUUAUUGGAUGACCAUGCCUGAUAUGGGGCAUAUUAUUGCCACAUGUUAUAAUGUGGUUUUAAUCCUUCUAAGCAUGCGUCAAUGCCUUACAUUUCUUCCUUUCUCAGUUCAAUCAAGUGAAACCAAGCUACGUGAGAUUGCCAUUGGUUUUGUUGACGAUGAUCACUAUGUCCAUAUAUGA